AUGUGCUCUACUUAUCCUCAAAACUUUGAACAAAUCUGUUCUUGUGUCGUCUCUACUCGUUUGAGUAGACAUGGAGCUAUCUUCCCUCCAAUUUCUAAAAUUGUUGAGUGGACCGUGAGCCCUGAAGUUUCCUCUUCAACUCUCAAUGAAUAUUUAAGCACUUGUGAUGUUUCCUACCCUCCCCAAUUAUCCGAAGUUUUAACUUCAGACGUGGAAGAAAUUCCUCGUCCAAACACUCCAAUUGCUUCAAAUUUUGCUGUUUCCCAAUAUACUCCCUUGGUUUCUAACAUUGACAUUGCUGCUUGUAUCUUGUUGCUUCUGCUUCAUUCAAUCUCAAAAAGGUGUUGCAAUUCCUACAUUCUUCCCCUUUCAUAUUUAAUUGAUACUGAGUUUGAUAAUCAACAUUUAUACUUUCCGAUAAGAUGUGGAGUAUCUUGUUUCAAGGGUGAACCUUAUGCUCUUUUGAUGUGCAUUGAUGCCAGUCCUAUUGCUAUCGAGGAAUGCAAAAUUGUUGAACUUGACGACUCAGCAUCCUCACUGGAUGAAGAGAAACAUGUUGAAAUAUUUGACUUGGUUCCUGAAGAAUCAUCUGAAGAUGAACAGGAUGAAUUAAUUUCUGGUGAACAAAAGAUUCACGGUUCUCUGUUUGAAGUAUGUGAUGUUGAAUCUUCUGAAUGUGUCAUGGAUGAGAGUAUUGAAGUUUGUGUCAGUGCAAAUCAUGAGUUCAUAGUGUAUACUAGGGACAUCAUUUGGGGUUUGACAUUUGACGAACUUCUUGACAUUGCUCAUUGUUUUGGCAUUGGUGAGGAGGUCUACUCUACCACCAGCUCUGAAGAAUGGUUUUUCUCAUUUGAGGAGCUUCUUGAUAUUGCAAAUUGCUUUGGAGUCAUAGAAGAGGCUCACUCUGUGGCCACCUCUGCACUGAACUCUGGAGAAAACCCAUGGAAUUUCACGUUUGAAGAGCUUCUUGACAUUGCUCAUUGCUUUGGCAUAGUUUCUGAACCUCCUAAACUGUUCUUAAACCCAAAUCUCACUUGGGCUCAGCAUCUUAGUAUUCAAAACGUUGCACCAAAGAAGAAUUCUUCAUUGACGAAUAAGCAGACUAUUCUUAGAAAGGAUAUUCCAAAGAUUUUACCUGUUGAUGUUCCUGCAAAAGCUCCAGUUGCUCCUUCGAUUGAAUCUAAGGAUUCUGGUUAUUACUUUAACUUGCCAUUCUCCUUUGCAGACCUAGAUGAAAUUGAAGAUGAUAAAUCCUUGUCGUUUGAAGAAUUAUUUGACAUUAUUCAAUUUCUUAGUCUUUCAGAUGAAGUUACAUCAAUCAUUGAGUCUAAGGAUUCUGAUUAUUAUUUCGACUUGCCUUUCUCCUUUGUGGACCUUGAAGAAAUUGAAGAGGACAAACACUUCUCAUUUGACGAAUUAUUUGACAUUGUUCAAUGUCUUGGUCUUGCUCCCAAGUCAACUCCAGUCCGGAAUCUCACUUGGGCUGAACAUCUUAGUGUUCAAAAGGUUGUACCAAAGAAGGAAACUCCAUUGAAGGAUAAGACCACAAUUCUUAGAAAUGCUGCUCCAAAGAUUGUCUCAGUUGAAGUUCCUGUCAAGAUUCCGUUAAUUGCCGAUUCGAAUGGUUCUGAUUACUAUUUCGACUUCCCAUUCUCCUUUGCAGACCUUGAUGAAAUUGAAGAGGACAAAUACUUAUCUUUCGAAGAACUAUUCGACAUUGUUCAAUUUCUCGAUCUUGCUCCAAAGUCAACUCCACUUCGGAAACUCACUUGGGCUGAAAAUCUUAGAGUCCAAAAGUUCCAACUGUGA